UUGUUGUGCAAGAGCCUUUUCUUUCUCUCUCUCUCUGUCUUUCCUUUUCUUUCUUCUCCAUUUUCUCGAAUGUGUGGAUAAGAAAAGGAAAUAUGGGUAAGUUUAUAGAAGAGAAGGCUCUUGAUCAAACUUUUUAUGCACAUCAUCAUGAUCAUAAUAAUGAUGAUCAUCAUCGGCUGGGACUUAAUCGUUAUAACAGCCUGGAAGAGAAAGUUUCAGAGUUUUUGAAUAACGAUUACGCAGAUUCUGAUGCAGCCGAUGGCUAUAGAUCGGACGAGAAUGAAUCCAAUGAUUCUCUCCAACACGAUCUUUACUGGGAAUCCCAGGAAGCUUUGCUUCAGGAAAUCCUAGAGCGUUACGCAUUGGUAGGUUCCAAGUUACGGCAAGUAGUAAAUGGAAUUAUAAAGGAAGCGAGAGAGACAGUGUUUUGCAGCUGCAAAAACCAAAAGCAAAACCUAAGGCCUGAUGUUGGUUGCAUCAACUGCUUGCGCAAGACAGUUAUUCAUCUGCUUUGUCGCAGAGGACUUAAUGCCACUCUCUGUGUUUCUAAGUGGAAACACACCAAGAACCAUCCUGCAGGGACGCAUGAAUACGUCGAAGUGAUUGCAAGCACGCUAGGGCGGAAGAAGCAAAUCCCAUUCGUGAUUGAAUUGGAGUUCAGAGACCAAUUCGAGAUUGCGAAAGCAUGUGACGAGUACAUCAAACUGGUAGACAAAUUACCAGAGUGUUACGUGGGCAAAUCCGAUUACCUCAACCCCAUCGUGGGAGUGAUGUGCGAUGCCGCCAAGAGGUCGAUGGAGGAACAGAAACUCCAUAUGGGUCCCUGGAGGAAGCGAAGCUUCGUGCAGAUGAAAUGGUCUAACUCUUCCGAGCGACGAUCCCUAAUCGAGGAACCCUCCAGGCAAAUGCUGCAUCAAUUUUGCUCAAAAUCUUCGAAAACCACUGCUGCCGGAAUCGUUACCAAACGAAACAUCGACACUUCUUGCUGAUAAAGAUGCUGCUACUGGCAAGGGGCAGAUGCGUUUUUGGGUAUGAUUAAAUGAUGAUCAUAGUGGCCAACAUAAUGAAUACUAUUAUAUGAUACUAUAUAUAUAUGAAACGGCAACAUGAUGAUUGGUGUAUGAAUUAUUGAACGAGUUUUGUACUCAUUAGAUCAUAUAGUAGAAAUUUUGUCAAGGAAAGCAAAAGUCCAAGCCCAUGCUGCUAAAUUGCGGCAA